UCAUGGCCUAAUAAUCCGCUGAAUUUGCAACAAAAGUGGAUGAGUCUCAUAAAGGUUAAGAGGAUGAUAAAAAUACACCUUCAGAAAAUAAAUAAUAGAAUGAAGAGAAAAAUGAAGCAUAAAAGACAGAAAAUAAAGUUCCAAGUUUAUUUGGAUCAAUGAUAAAUGGAUAAAAUUUAUUCAAUAACAAUUAAACAUCCUCAAUAUUUUAAGGAAGUUUAUUUGGGUCAUCCUAACCAACAACUGGAAUUUUCAGUUCUGGACCUUCAGUUUUAAGCAAUGUUAAUGUAGAUCUAACAAAACCAGGACCAUCCUUGUUUGGCAUUAGUUAUAAGGCUCCAAAAUCUGAUGAUAGUGAUCCUGGAGAAGAUGAUGGUAUUCAUUAAAUAUUAAUAUUUAUAGGAUAGGAUGAGUAAAAACCAGAAGAUGAUGAACCAUAAUAAAUAGUAAUGAAAUAUAAUUAUACUUCAAACACAGAAUAAUUAGUAAAGGUAAUUUGCAAUUUUAAUUAAAGGUAAAUGUUGAAAAGUUUAGAAAAAAUACCAACGAUAUUUUAGAAAAGGGAUCUGUUGCCAUUGAAAAAACUAAAACUGGAGAAUCUUACUAUCUUGUUUAUAGGUAUUUUAUUUAUCUACUAUUUAGAAAUGCAAUAUAAUAAUCAUUGUAUACAGGCUAAUUCGUCAAAGGAUUUUCAGAGAUCAAACCCUUGGGAUAGAAGGCAGAAAAUUUAAUUAUUAAAGCUAUUAGUAGAAAAGAAAAAUAAGAUAGUAAAUAAGGAGAAUAAGGUGAAAAGGAUGAAAAGAAUUCUAUAUCUGUUGAUAUAUUAAAAGUAAUGUUCACAACCAAGGAAGGAGCAGAAGAAUUUAAGACAGAAUUUGCAAAAAUAUUUUAAUGAUA